GCACUAUUGAUAUAACCAACAUUUUUCUUGUUCCUGUUUUAUCUGUAGGUACCAAAACCCGAAUUUUUGUUUUGUCCCCUUCGAUUAGAACAUACAGAGCUUUUUGUAAUCGUCAGGCAUUAAAUUAUAUAAUAGCCACAAUUAUAAAAUGCCACGAGGCAAAUUUACAAGUCACAAAGGACGUAAUCGACGUUUCACCAACCCCGAAGAACUAGAAGAGGAGCGCAGAAGGGACGAACAGAAAAAAUGGCGCAAACAAAAGAACGAGAGCGGUAGCGACGAGGAGGAGGAAGCGACCGGUAGCGGCGACAAACGAAUUAGCGAAGAGGGCUCGUCGGGUAGCGAGGAUGAGAGUAGUGACGAGGACGAUUCCAAAGUUAAGGGCGUAUCUAAUUUAAUAGAAAUAGAGAAUCCGAACAGGGCGCAGAGGAAAAGUAAGAAAAUAACCACGCUUAAGGCGGAUGCCGAACCCGAAAAACCCCAAUUAUCUAGACGCGAACGCGAAGAAAUCGAAAAGCAAAGGGCGCAGGCUCACUAUCAGAAACUUCACGCCGAAGGCAAGACUGAUCAGGCGCGUGCCGACCUUGCCAGGCUCGCUAUUAUUAGGCAACAAAGAGAAGAGGCGCAGAAACGUAGAGAAAUAGAAAAGAAAGAAAAAGAAGAGGCAGCGAAACAGAAAACUGCACAAACGCAAAAAGCUUUGGGCAAGAAAUAACGUGUUAAGUUUUAGUGCUUGCAAUAAUCAUGGAUAUUACUUUAUUACGAUUUUUUUUUAUUGUACUUUUAUCUGUUUCUGAAUAACAAAAUCAGUGUUUAAGUGUACCUAUUUUAUACUUGUAAGUACAAAUUAAAGAAAUCUAUUGGCAUUGUUCAUCAAAUGCUUUCUCGACAUAUACUUGUUUAACAGUU